AUGUCCGCAACCCAUACUAGUCUCGAUGCUGCGGCUGUCGAUCGAAAGGCCAGACUUGCUAAACUCGCUUCGCUCAAGCGCAAGCAACCUGACUCUGGGGUUGCGGGAAACCUUGCGCCAGAUGAAAAACAAGAGGAUGAGCAAUCGACGACCACAGACAAAUACCUCUCGGGCAGAAACUACGAUAUUGCCUCCAAAAACGCCAAACUAGGAUUCGAGAAUGCUCCCAUAGCGAAUCUCGAAACAUUGGAACAGCAGGCUGACCGCAUUGCUGCGGCUACCGCUGAGCAAGCGGCGCAGGAUGAGGCAGAGGCAGAAAAAGGAAUUGAUCUAUUCAAACUACAGCCGAAGAAGCCGAAUUGGGACCUGAAGAGGGACCUCGCGGAGAAAAUGAAAAUACUGGAUGUCCAGACACAGAAUGCGAUUGCCAGACUGGUCAGACAGAGGAUCGAAAGUGCGAAGCGGGAAGCCAAGGAUAAAGGCGUGGUACCGGAGAAGGAAGAAAACGGUUAUCAAGGGGAAGAGGUCGGCAUCGAGGGCAACACUUUAGUCGAAGGUAUCCACCUACGAGAGCAAGAAGAGGAAAGAGAGGCUGCCCUCGAAGAAGAGGAGGAGGACAUCUCUUGA